AUGGCCCCCGCACUUACCCAUCCAACGGGCGUCAACUUCAUCGACGAGCAGCGUCCCGUCAACACCGACGCCGCUACCUACUACGGCGGACAAGAGCAGUUCAGCCGCUCCAGGACAUACAGCGCCUCCUUCGCCCAUGGAUACAACCCGAAGCGCGCGGCGUUCGACAACGACUGGGUGCGCAGACAGCGGCGAAUGUCGCACGACGAGAAGAGCACAGGCCCGCGCCGAUUCCUGAUCGACGUCGAGGAGACGAUCCGCGUGAUCCUGGAGCAAGAGGACACGGACGGCGACUUCCAGAUCAGCGUGACGGACGCAGGCCCGAAGCUGAUGUCGCUCGGCACGGCGACGAGCAACGGCUUCAAGACGUUCGAUAUCCGGGGCACGUACAUGCUGUCGAACCUGCUGCAAGAGCUGGCGCUGGCGCGCGACCACGGGCGCAAGCGGAUCGUGCUGGACGAGGCGCGGCUGACGGAGAACCCGGUGGACCGCCUGUCGCGGAUGAUCAAGAACUCGUUCUGGCACGCGCUGACGCGGCGCAUCGACGGCGACGGGCUGGAGAUCAUCUGCGCGGACCCGAAGAACCGGACGGGGCGCGUGAACCCGCGGAUCUACGUGCCGCACGGCGAGCCUGCGAUGGCGGAGUACUACCGGCGGGUGGCGGCGGAGAAGCCGCACCUGAACCUGGACGUGCAGGUGCUCCCGGCGACGCCGGACGACCCGCACUUCGUGAAGAGCCUGAACCACAAGCCCGGGAUCCUCGCGCUGGCCAUGAACGAGGUGAGCGACGGGAAGGGCGGCAAGACGCUGAAGGGCAUCCCGUUCGUCGUCCCGGGAGCACGGUUCAACGAGCUGUACAACUGGGACUCGUACUUCAUCUCGCUCGGCCUGCUGGUGGACGGGUACGUGAACCUGGCCAGGGGCAUGGUGGACCACUUCAUCUUCGAGAUCAAGCACUACGGCAAGAUCCUGAACGGGAGCCGGAGCUACUACCUCUGCCGGACGCAACCGCCGUUCUUGACGGACAUGGCGCUGCAGAUCUACAACCAGCUGGACCGCAGCGACAUGGACGCGAACCGGGCGUGGCUGAAGCGCGCGAUCCAGGCGGCGAUUAAGGAGUACCACACGGUGUGGGUCGCGGAGCCGCGCAUGGACCCGAAGUCGGGGCUCUCGCGGUACCGCCCGGACGGGCUCGGGAUCCCGCCCGAGACGGAGGCGACGCACUUCACGCACGUCCUGGAGCCGUACGCGGCGAAGCACGGGCUGUCGGUGCUCGAGUUCAGCGAGCGCUACAACGACGGGGCGAUCCGCGAGCCCGCGCUCGACGAGUACUUCCUGCACGACCGCUCCGUGCGCGAGUCGGGGCACGACACGACGUACCGCUUCGAGAAGCGCUGCGCGAACCUGGGCACGGUCGACCUGCAGGCGCUGCUGUACAAGUACGAGAUCGACAUCGGGACCGCGAUCCGCGAGGUGUUUGACGACGAGCUCGAGCUCGAGGAGGACUUCCCGCUCGCGCCGUUCCCGCCGUCGCCCGCGGCGUAUGCGAGCCCGCACCGCGCGAGCUCGCGCGCGAAGGCGCAGUCGAGCGCGAUCUGGUUCGAGCGCGCGGCGUUCCGGAAGCGCGCGAUCGACAAGUACUGCUGGAACGAGAGCAAGAGCCUGUACUUUGACUACGACACCGUGCAGGAGAAGCAGAUCCUCUACGAGAGCGUGACGGCGUUCUGGACGCUCUGGGCGGGGUGCGCGAGCGAGGAGCAGUGCUGGAAGCUGAUCUCGCACUCGCUGAAGAAGUUCGAAGUGCUGGGUGGCCUCGUUUCUGGGACCGAGGAGUCCCGCGGGAAGAUCUCGCUUGACAGGCCGAACCGCCAAUGGGACUACCCGCCACCGCAUCAGAUCAUGACGUGGGUCGGGCUCGAGCGGUAUGGGUACCUGGAAGAUGCCCAGAGGCUGGCGUACCGGUGGCUAUACAUGAUGACGACUGCGUUCGUGGAUUUCAACGGCGUGGUGCCGGAGAAGUUCGACGCCGUCCGGCUGUCCCACCUCGUAGACGCCGAGUAUGGCAACCAAGGUGUCGACUUCAAGAUGGUCCCCCGUGAGGGCUUCGGCUGGAUGAAUGCCUCGUACCAGGUCGGCCUGUCGUUCUUGUCGACGGGCAUGCGGCGCGCAGUAUCGGCAUGCACGAGUCCCGAGGUUGUCUUUGGUGCGGCGGCGAGCGAGCAGCCGACCAAUGCGCAGGCCUACUCUGCCGGCGCGCCCGAUCCUCUCGACUUGGCGAUGGAAAAUCUGCAGCUCUCCUCGCCCCAUCCCGACGCCAACACCUCAUCCGCGGCGUAAAGUCCCCGCACACUCGUUCAGGUUCUCACAGCGCUUUCAUGUUGUUCUAUCGUAAUUCAGGGCCCCGUGGCUUCUUAGUUCUUGACGACGGACUUCGUGGCCGCUCCUCCAGACAUCGUCGCGUCGAUUUCGCUUAGAGAUGUAGAUGCUGAUCUCCGUUCUCAUGUAGAAUAUCUCUCUCAAAAUUUCGUUGUACUAGUGCAUCUCGCAUCGUCCAUGUAUAUAAGUCACUGCAUCGGAUCAUUUU